AUGCCGCCCACGAUCCAUCUGGUCCGCCACGCCCAGGGCCUCCACAACCUCUCCGCCGAGAACGAGGCCCUGCGCGACCCCGACCUGACCCCCCUGGGCGAGCAGCAGUGCGCCGAGCUGCGCGCCGCGUUCGCGCACCACCCCCGGCUCGCCCGGCUGGUCGCCUCGCCGCUGCGCCGCACCAUCCGCACCUGCGCGCUGGCCUUUGGCGGCCCCGACCGCCUGCGGCCCAUCGUCCUGCUCGACACGCUGCAGGAGGUGUCGGACGCCCCGUGCGACGUCGGCUCCAGCCUGGCCGCCCUGCGCGCCGAGUUUGGCGACGCCGUCGACGCGCGCCGCGUGCGGGCCGGCUGGACCGACAAGCGCCCGGGGAGCGUCUUCGAGCCCACCGUCCGGGCGCUGACGGCGCGCGCCAAGAUGGCCCGCCGGGCGCUGCGGGACAUUGCCGGCGCCGAGGGGGGGGGCGACGACGACCACGACGACGACGACGCCCACGUCGCCGUCGUGACGCACGGCGGCUUCCUGCACUUUCUGACGGACGAUUGGGACGGCGUGCCGGAUGGGCGAGCAACGGGCUGGACGAACUGCAUGUUCCGAUCGUACCAGUUCGCCCAGGCGCCCGACGACCCGGACGACGUGCGCCUGGUCGAGACGGCGGAGAGCUGGGCGCGGCGGCAGCCGGCGUCGAAGCAGCCUCUCACGGCGGCCGAGCAGAGGGAGCUCAGGGCCAUUGUGCAGCAGAGGAUUGGGCCGUAUCUAAAGAUUAAACCUGGGGGGGACGACGGGGACGAGAUGAGCAGACGCAGAGCUGAUGGCUAUGACGUAGAGGAUAAACAUGAAGCCGGUGGGGACGACAUGGACCAGGUGCGCUAG